UUGCGCUAUAUGUAUAUAUAUCGUAUAUAUACAUAAAUAUAAAGAAAAAUAUGUAUAUUUAUGUAUAUACAUAAUAUGUAUUACAUGUAGAUGGGAAAAUAUAUCGUAUGUUUUGACAACUCUGUUUUUGGCACCUCCACUUGCUUUUUUAAUCAUAAAAAUUAAAAUUCAAUUCAAUUCGUUUGCUUGACGUUCACGGACGUGUAUCCGCACACAGCACUUACUCGAAUAUUUUUCGCUAACCAUAUAUCAAAAUUCUCCGUGUGGAUUCGAUGCUAAUCUGAAUGCAGCACUAAAUUGCAUGUGUUAAUAAUCAUUCCCUUUGCGACGCAAAAUUCUCAGUGAAAUAAAAAAAAAAGAGCACCUAAAACAACAGAAGCAACAGCAACGACAAAUCGUUAGAGGCAGUGGUUCCAAAAAUAUAAAUACAUAUUCACGGGCUAAUUCGGACAAGCUUCUCGACGGAUUUGAAUAAGCAAUAAUCAUGUUGUUAAAAGUGCCAUCUGUGGACUGGACGGAUCAAAUUAUUUACGUGGUGGACGAUGACGAGUCGCUGUCAGACAUCGACGAUGAGCCAGAUUUCUCCGAAUACAUGUGGAUGGAGAACGAGGAAGAGUUUGACAAGAACGAACUGCAACGCCUUGAGGAGGAAGAAAUGAUGCAAGAGUGCUUCGAAGCCAUGAUCGAAGACGAGCUGGAAGAGCAGAUUAACGAGUGGGAAAAGGCCAAGACGGAAGAGCAGAACACGGCGCUUUCCGCACUGCCAAAGAGCCAGUGUAACGUGGAAAAGUCUAUUCUGAACCCCAUGGCCGAUGAGUUUGUUCCCCGUAGUCACAUAAUGGAUUUUCCUGCAUCAUAAAGCCGGCUAAGGCUAAUGCUUGCCCGUCCCGUCAAAUUUGCAAACCCCCCGCCCCAUGACAAGUGGACCUCAUUUGCGCAAAUCUUAAGAAAUCAUAAAAGAUCCUUUGCAAAAGGUUCACCCAACGAUUUCGCUAAUGAGAUUGAGAUCGAUAUUCUGACCAAGUUGAGCAGCUAGAGCAUUCGGAGGAACCAUCCAAGGAAUAUCUACCUAUUAGAUACCAAAAAAAUAUAAUCAAAAACUCAGUUGGUUCUGACUCCAAUAUGCUGGCGACCGAAAUGCAAACGAAUCAUAUUUUUAAAAUUCAUUAUAAAAAAGUACAAUAUCAUUUGAAAAAUAUAAAAAGUUUAAAACAGGAAAAACUCCUAAAAACAAACAAACUAUAAACUGAGAACAGACAAAUAACAAUGAAAAAAAACAAUUAACAACUAUGCCACGUACAUAAAUGUACAUUGUAAUUAGAGUUAAAAACGAAUUGUUUGCCGAGAAAAGCGGAGCCGGAGCCCCCAAAUUUCCCCAAAAAAAAAAAAUGUUACCGAAAAUCGCAGACGCAGGCGCUUGCUGAAAGCUAGUGAAACUUUGGUAUUAUCGUACAAAACGAAAACAAAUGACUUUUUACACGCGACAAAUUGUAAGUUGCGAUUUCUAUCGUCCUAGGAGCCAACAAAAACCAACUUAUAUGUACUAAAACUUAACUACGCUAAUUUCCAGCUAAAGCAACUGUAAGCAACAAGAAGACUCGAUUGUGUUAGAAAAAAAAUGUAACUAAAGUUAAUCCAAGAAACGAACAGAAUUUGUAGCCGUCAUGUUAAAUUGAAAUUCUAUUCAAAGACUUUAAUUGUAGUUUAAAUUGUAUUUAACUUAGCGUCCUGCCCACUGUCCCUAAACUUGUUUUAAGUUAGUCGCUUUGUGGAAUAAUGUUUACGUGUUUACUAGUUUUUUUUUUUAUUUUAUACCAUUGUUAACUCGUUGUACGUCCUACACCUACGUCACAAAAAGCGCUUGUUAACUUCCCUUCUGACUCUCGCAAUACUUGUAAUUGAAACAGAAAUACUUUAGUCUACUAAAAAAGUUGGGAUACUAACUUCUAACGCCUCACUAUACGAGAAACCUGCAUAAUUAUUAAAACAUAGUGUUAAUGGCAAAGAAAAAUUGUAAUACAAAACCUUUAUAAUUUAAGCAGACAAUUUCGUUAAAACGUUUGCCAUAAGCAAAUGCACAAAAAAUAAAACCAUUUUGUUUAAAACAUUUAAAUCAUUUUCGGCAUGUAGAUAAAGAUAAAUUAAUAUUUUUUCAACCAGCUUAGAUUUAGUGACUUAAGACAGCAUUAAAAGAUCUAAUAAAUUACUUACGUUAUGUGUGAUAUAAAGAUAAAAAAAAAAAAACAAAAAAAUAUCAAAAAAUGAUUUUAAAAAUCUCAAUAAAAAGAAGUAUUAUAGCAUAAA